UCCGUUGCGGUUAGUAGUUUUUUAAUUGACGAACGCGCGACAGUAGCGCAAACGCGCCAUGCGACAUUGUCGUCAGCAUUGUCUUCACUUUCCAAGUCGAUAUUGCUGAAGCAUCAGCCCGUGUUAUACUAUUCAUCUCAAAUUGUAAAUGUCUAAUUUCUACAACAUCCGCCAUUGUCGAUUGUCGAAAUCUGCCACUGUUAUUGUUUUACUGUCGGAUCAUUGAAACACAAGAUGACCACGAAGAACAACUGGUCCAAAGUGGCCGGUCACGUCAAGACCAAAGCCACGAAAGUAGACAGACAGCUGAGUGGAUCGAAACUGCUGGCUGAUAUGAAAAAAGACGGUGACUACUUGACUAAGUGGGAACCAGAGCUGUGUAUCAAAAUGCUGAGGUUACCGGGUGUCGACAAUUAUGCAGCUAUCAAGAAACUACUGGGAAAAGCCAACAAAUCAUGGAUUCUGGAGUUCCUCGAAAGAGACGGACUGGUCACGUUGCUGAGCAACUUGGGCAAUAUGAGCGGGAAAACGUUGAUGGAUACCAUAUCUCAGCUGCAAUGUGUCGGCUGUGUCAGGGCUGUCGUGAGGUCCCAAACCGGAUUGCAUCACAUUUCCGAACAUCUGGAAUACUGUUCGUACUUGGCAACAGCAGUGUUGGCGUGCAGUAAUACUACGGUGAAACUACAGGUGUAUGAACUGUUGUGCGCUUUAUCCAUGUUCUCCACCGAAGGCAUCGAUUUCGUUAAAACUACCCUUUCGCACAUUAAGGUAAAGCAAAACUUGCGGCACGACUACGAAAUCGUGGUGUUGGAGCUGCAACAAGCUGACACAUUUGCCUAUCAGACGACCCUGUUGGCUUUGGCCAACUGUUUGAUACUUGUCGAGAAGUCGUUGAGGCGAAGGAUGCGCGUCAGAAACGAACUCAUGGCUCUGGGAUUGAGGUCGGCAAUAGAUAGCAUGUCUGGCUACGAAGACGAAGCCCUGCAAAUACAAAUUGCAGCUUUUGAAGAACAUCGGCUGAUCGACGAAGAAAUGGCGCCUCCGCAGUCUCACCAUCAACUCCUCGAUGCUCUGCUGUCCAAGAUAUCGAACACUAUUUACGGAUCGUAUUUACUAAACAUGCUAAUGCAAAUGACAGAAAUGGAUUACACCGACACCAUGGCCACAAUUGAAAUUUGGGAUUUAAUAAACAAAGUUCUUUGCGAUGAUCCACAAUCGGUGUUGGACGCGUUCAAGAAGUCAUCGUUAACCCGUUCUACAAGUUGUCAAACCGAAGAUAGAAGGUAUAAAAAGCCAUUUUCGCCUGUCAACAGACGGCAUAGUUUGGAUAGCGCCAAGGAAAAACAGACUCGUGUUAAAGCUAAACGGCCGUCUUUGCCCUCGUUGAAAAGCGUCAGCGAAGUUAUCGAAACUACAACUGCCACUGGCCAAGAGGUGAAAAAACUGACUCAAUGUUCAAUAUCCGUUCAAACGGAUCGGCUAUGUUGCCGUGAGAUCGGUUUUACCGAAGUAGAUUGCAAAGCCGAUUCGAAAUCCACCAAUUCGCACGAUGACUCGGUACAAAUCAUAAACAGCUUAGAGUUAUCUGAAAGACCAGCAAUACCGCCUGCACCGCCGUUGCCGGUCACUUCGUCAAACACUCCCAUAUCUUCUAUACCAAUUCCACCUCCACUUCCAUCUUUAACGAAUACCAUUCCUAGUACAACAACAUCGUCUUUUUGUUCGGGAGGAGUGCCUCCACCACCACCACCUCCACCACCUCUACCCGGAACGGUUUCAUCGCCACCGCCGUCCGGAAUGAUUCCUGCGCCGCCGCCACCACCUCCUUUGCCAGGAAUGGUCUGUCCGCCGCCGCCACCACCUAUGCCAGGAAUGGUCUGUCCGCCGCCGCCACCACCUAUGCCAGGAAUGGUCUGUCCUCCACCGCCACCACCAUUUCCAUCGUCGGGAUCGGUUCCACCUCCACCUCCCUUAACAACAGGAGUAACAUCACCCCCUCUUCCGCCCCCCGUACCUUCGAUGGGAUUGACCGAAUUCAGUCAAAUGACAUAUUCAGUUCCAAAUAUAACAAACGGUCACCGAACAAUGCCCACGAGAAGGGCCAACAACAACAUCAAGUACUAUUCAUUACCCAAAACGAAAAUGAAGACUAUCAAUUGGACAAAAGUCAACAACCGCAACUUGGAUAAAUCCAUUUGGUCAUCUGCGGAUCCUCCUGAUCUAUCUAUAAACUUCAAAAGAAUCGAGGAACUCUUCUGUCAAAAACCUCGAGCCAAGUCAUCGCCUGCGGUCUUGUCCAACAACGGAACGCCCAAAGCUACCGUUACAAAUAUAUUGGAUAGCAAAAGGAGCUUAGCGAUCAAUAUAAUGUUGAAGCAAUUCAAAUCGGGCCCCAGUGAAAUCAUCAAAGCUCUCGACGACGGAGCUUCAAUUCCUAUUGAAAAACUCAAAGGUCUUCAACGAGUUUUGCCCACAGACGAUGAAAUAAAAAUGUUGAAGAAACAUAAUGGCGAUCCGGCGACGUACGGGACAGCUGAAUCUUUUUGUUUAAAUCUUAACAAUAUUCCGUUUUAUCAGUUAAAAAUCAAACUAAUGAUACAAAAAGAAGAAUUACCUAUUUUAUCAAAAGAAAUCUGUACUCAGUUAAGUAGUAUAGAAGAAAUGUGCCAUAAUAUAAUCGAAGACCAGCCUUUCAAACAAUUUCUAUCGCUGGUCUUAUUUAUUGGCAACUAUCUAAAUGCUGGAAGUUAUGCUGGCAAUGCAUGUGGUUUCACUUUGGAUACUCUGCCGAAAUUGCUCGAUACCCGAGCGAACAAACCACGAGUGACUUUCCUCCACUUUGUUGUCGAAGUGGCUCAGACAAACAAAAAUGACUUAUUGAGUUUCACCAAAUACACUCCGGCAUUACGAAAUUUAUCAAGGAUAUCCGUUUGCACGGUAGAAGAGGAGAUUAACACACUUACCAAACAAUUCAAAAGUCUGCACUCGGAACUUUCGAAACAAGCCAAAAAACAUAUAUCUGCGCAAUUCACAGAUUUCAUAAAACAAUCGGUAAAAGAUGUGGAAAAAUUGAACGAGCUUUAUCGAAGCACGAUGGACGUCGUCAGAGAAGUGGCAGUACACUUUGGCGAGGACGUGUCCACGUUUAAAAUCGAAGAGUGUUUUUCUUUGCUGUGCAACUUUUUUGACCGAAUUCAAGUAGUCGUUCAGGAAAACGAAAACAGGCGAAAGCAAGAGGAGAAAAAUCAAAAACUCGCUUUGCAGAUGCAAAAGGACGACCUGAACGGCAAGAAACGAGUCCGAGCUCCGGCCAUGAAACCCAGAGAGGAGGACGUGUGCAUAGUGGACUUGGUGUUGCAAGACAUUAGGAGAGGGUCGUUCCAUUUGAAAAGCGUCAAGUGUGCAGACGAAAAACACAUUUAGGCAAAAAAAAAAUAUCGCCCGGUAAACAUAUUAUAAGUAUGAUAAUUAUUAAUAUAUUAAUAAUUAU